AUGGAGCUGAAGCGAAGUGUUUGCAUGGAAAUAUCCACGGAUAGAGCUCUGAGCCAAAAGGCCUUUGGUUUCAACAAGCGGCAAGUGGAUAUGAAUGGAGGGCUGCUAGCUGAGGUGCGAGGCGAUGAGCGAUACAUGUCGUUAGCAUGCAGUCACUUUACGGCCUUUUGCCGUGCCUGCAUUGCAGCAUGUCCCUCGGACCAAGAGACGGUGUCGGACAACGGCAAGCUCACGUUGCAGCGAUUGUCUACGGACUUUCGGCAGGCCGUGGAUAAUGGAUGGGAGUGGCUGGUGCUGUCAGCGGAAGUUGAUGCAGUACUGCCCUCGCUGGCCUCCUUCGUUCAGGAAGUCAUGAAUGCAGCCCAAGGAGUUGCAAGAACGGCAGGCGAGCUGGAGCUCGCCAUGGCGAUGGUGACCCGAGCAAAGUUGCUGGCAGAGCAAGGUUUGUGCAUCGACUGGGAUGUUGUGCAAGCUGAUGUAGCAGCCACGGUGCCGGAUGCCUCGCCACAGACCGUGGCCGCUUGCGGGUUGUUCUGCAGAUUCUAUGCAGGAGGAACCGAAGCACCUCUGCUGAAGUUUUUGCACGACUUUUCCUUGAAAUAUGGGGCAAGCAAAAGAUUGGGAGAGGAAUUCAUGUCCACGGUCGCCGGCCUCCGGUUUGCAGGGCAGGAGCGAUCGCAUGCUUUCGCGAGGGCUGCGAUGAUCGCGACGAACCUGACACCCACAAAAGUGGUAGACGGUGUGGCUCGGCUGCUGAACAAGAGCGAUGUCAGCAGGCUCUGUGCGAAAGGCAUGGAAGAUGCUGUAAAGGAUUGGGAGGAGCUUCUUUGUCGUGCCUGGGCUCACACUCAGAAUGUGACGGAGGCAAGUGCACGUGCCAAGGCAAUUGAGUGCUUCGGUCGCCUGAUGGUUCGCAGCACCCUCUUCAUGUGCAAGAAAGAGAAGUCGGGGCAAGAAGGCCUUGAGCACGGGUCCUUGGCCAAUUUGCUGACUUUGUACGAACACGAGAUGGGUGGCAAGAGUGCCGGUGCAACACCGGCUGCUGCUACAAAAGAUGGGCAGUCUGAUGCGGCCCCUGCGACCUUGGAGAACAUGCAGGACCCGGCCUUCCUGAUGAAGCUGCAAGGCUUCGCAGAGGGCAACCUGUACAAAGGCAAGCAGAAGUAUCAGGACAUCUGGCCUUGGAAGCUGGAGAAAAUCGGCCGGAGCCACGGCUCUUUCUCGCUGUGUUGUCCAGUGAGCUGGGACAAGAAGGUCGAGGUGCCUCUGAGCGAGCUCAAGAAAUUCUUCGAUCUGUACAGCGGAGAUGCACCCGAAGUGGUGUCUGACUCUGUGGACCGACUGCCUCAUAAUACGGAGGCUUGCAGCCAAGAGAGACUCCGAGGAGAGUUCUUCGAGCUCUGCUGCGAGUAUUUCCUGAAGUACUCGCACUGUGAAGAGGAGUUGACCUUUUUGAAGAAUCCCACGUGCUGUCUGUUGGAGGGCAAAGCCAAGACAGGCAAGCUGACGAUCUUCCCCUUCACGGAUCAGAUUUCAAAGGUUGGCUUAAAGCCGGCAGCUGGCAGUGUGGAGGUUUGGCAUUCGGCCUCGGGCACAAGCUUGUAUAUUUCACCCCCGGCUGCAGCCGGAAGUUUGCUAUCUGCCUUCUGGCAGAUCCCGGUCGGCUCAGAGCCGAAUCUGGCGACAGUCCUUCUGAACGAGAAGGGCUGGAAGAUUCGGCUGGGCUGUCACUUGUGCAAAGAUUUGCCCGUUCGCUUGUGCAAAGACGCCGCCGUUCGCUUGUACGCGCGCACGUGCGUUUUGUGUUGGCAGGGCCAACGAAUUCGGAGUUGGUCACUUGUGAUUGUGAUAUGUUCUCCGGCCGUGAAAGUGUACCAAACGUCGGCAGGGCCGUGGUUUCUUGCAUUCGGCGUGCAUGUUCGAGUUCGCGUGUUUUGGCUUUGA